CACAGGACAAAGCACCAAGCCCUACAGUCAGAGAGGAAACACAGAGUCUAAGAGUGUGGACGGGACAGAGGGGACAGUGGCAAGGGAAGCCUGGUGCAGUGGAAGGAGGGGAGACGGGUGGGGCAGAGGGCCCCAGGACCAUGGCUGAGUCUGUCACCUAUGCCGACCUGCGGUUUGUGAAGGCUCCUCUGAAGAAGAGAAUCUCCAGCCAUUUAGGGCAGGAUCCUGACGAUGAUGGGGAACUCACCUAUGAGAAUGUCCAAGUGCCCCCAACCUCAGGGGGAGCCUCAAGCCUGGCUUCCUCUGGACCAGGAGGCAAAGCUGGUGGUCUUCAGUCCGAGCAGCCGACGGCGUCCUGGAACCCCGUGACGUCACCAGCAGCCAGGCGCCUCCUGGUCUGCCGUUCAGCCUUCUCGAAAUACCUCCUGGGCCUGCUCCUUACCUGCCUGCUGUUAGGGAUGGCUGCUGUCUCCCUGGGAGUGCGCUAUCUGCAGGUGUCUCAGCAGCUCCAGCACGUGAACAGGGUGCUGGAAGCCACUAACAGCAGUCUGAGGCAGCAGCUCCGCCUGAAGAUCACCCAGCUGGGGCAGAGGGAGCAGGAUCUGCAGGGGUCCAGGAAGGAGCUGGCCCAGAGUCAGGAAGCACUAGAGGUGGAACAAAGGGAUUGCCAGGCUGUCAAGGAGCAGUUACAGGCCUGCCAGUCCGACAGCAAGGCAACAAAGGAGACCUUGCAAAGGGAGGAGGAACAGAGGAGGAUGCUGGAGGAGAGGCUGAAUAGAAUCCGGGACACAGUGAAACCCUUCUACACAAUGGGUCCAGAAGACACCUGCUGUCCUCUGGGAUGGAUACUGAUGGAGAGGAAAUGCUUUUACAUCUCACCUGUUAGGAGAAAUUGGGAGGAGAGCAGAAACUAUUGUAAUACCCUGUCCUCCAGCCUGGCCAUAGUUAGUGACUAUUCUUAUUCAGGUUAUCGCAACAGCCUCUUAUAUAAAUUUUUGGCACAAGUUAGUUGGUCUGAUUCAUACUGGAUUGACGGCAGGCCAAAGGAUGGGCAUUGGACUAAUGGUAAAGGCUCUGGGUAUCAUCCUCAAAAUCAACACUGUCGCAAGAUUCCAUACAGCUGGUCAGCAACCCAGGAUUGUACUAUUUCUCUUCCCUGCAUCUGUGAGAGGGAAGUUCUUAAGUGUCCAGAUCAGCACUGAGCUGAAUACUCACACCAGCAAGAGCCUGUGCCCCUCAUCCCUAACUCGCAGCCACAGGUCCCGUGAUGAUCUCCCUCCAGAGUUCCCUCGCUCUGCGGGGAUGGUGCCUGGCCAAGGACUGAUGUAGCCCAACACUUUGCCUGCCUGAAAUCCUGCCCCAGAAACUGGACUAUUCUUGGGAAAAAAAAGGUGCUGAAACCUCAGGAAAAGAUUUUGGCCUCCUCAAGAACCUCUCAUAGUGGAAUGGGGGGAUUGGGGGAGGAGGGCGCAUGGCCUGAGCGGAUAGGGGCAGCCCGGAGCCAGCCAGGCAGUUUUAUUGAAAUAUUUUUAAAUAA